AUGUCGAGUAAUAUGCGUGGUUUAACCGUGUUCAUCGCGGACAUUCGAAACUGUAGAGUACGAGAGUUAGAGGAGAAAAGGAUUAAUAAAGAGAUGGCGAACAUUCGUGCAAAAUUUAAAGAUGGAAAUUUGAAUGGCUAUCAGAAGAAAAAAUAUGUAUGCAAGCUACUAUACAUGUAUAUACUUGGUUGGGACAUUGAUUUCGGUCACAUGGAAGCUGUAAAUUUAAUUUCUAGUAAUAAAUACAGUGAGAAGCAAAUUGGAUACCUGGGUGUGACCCUUUUAAUGCAUGAAAAUAGCGACCUUACACGCUUGGUCGUCAACUCAAUGAGAAAAGAUCUCGAGGAAUAUAACGAAAUAUUUAACUGCCUCGCUCUACACGCUAUCGCAAAUAUCGGCGGUAGGGAAAUGGCAGAUUCGUUGGCUAAUGAUGUCCACAGACUCCUAUUAUCUCAGAAUUCCAAAAGUUUUGUUAAGAAAAAAGCAGCAUUGACUCUUCUACGUUUGUACCGAAAACAUCCCGACGCAAUUCCUGCCUCUGAUUGGGCUGAUAGAAUUAUUAUGUUAAUGGACGAUAAUGACUUGGGUGUAGCAUUAUGCGCUACAAGUUUGGUAAUGGCGUUAGCACAGGAUAACCUGGAAGCAUAUAUAGGGUGUUAUGCUAAAGCAGUUGAUAGGCUAUCAAAGAUUGUCAUAGACGAUGAGUAUUCUCCAGACUACGUAUACUAUAAAGUUCCCAUACCUUGGUUACAGGUGAAGCUUCUUCGGUUGUUGCAGUAUUAUCCAGUUUCGGAUGACCGUGAAACUCGAAAUAGACUACAUGAUGUGCUCCAAAAAAUACUUAAUAACUCUCAAGAAACACCAAAAAACGUGCAACACAAUAAUGCGCAAAACUCUGUUCUAUUCGAAGCCAUAAAUCUUGCAAUUCACUUAGACACCGAAUCACAGAUCGUUAACCAAGCAGCGGUCUUACUUGGAAGGUUCAUCACAUCUAAGGAGACUAAUGUGAGAUAUUUGGGAUUAGAAACCAUGACUCAUUUGGCUGCAUGUGUCGACUCACUAGAGUCAAUCAAAAAACAUCAAGAGACUAUUUUAUUAUCCCUGCGUGAUAAGGACAUCAGCGUGCGACGCAGAGGAUUGGAUCUUUUAUACAGCAUGUGCGAUGUAACAAAUGCCAAAGUGAUUGUUUCGGAGUUAUUACGGUACCUAAAUAUUGCAGAUUUUGCUUUAAGAGAAGAGAUGGUCCUUAAAAUAGCAAUCUUAACCGAGAGGUUUGCCACAGAAUAUCACUGGUAUGUGGAUAUCAUUCUACAAUUGAUUAGCAGCGCUGGUGAUCACGUGGGCGAUGAAGUAUGGUAUCGCGUAGUGCAGAUAGUCACUAACAACGAAGAACUUCAAGAGUACGCCUCAAGAACAGUACUCGUUCACCUGAAGUCACCUUCCUGUCACGAAAAUUUGGUCAAAAUAGGUGGAUAUAUCCUAGGUGAAUUUGGGCAUCUCAUCGCCAAUGUAAAUGGCGCCAGUCCCAUCGAACAGUUUCGUGCUAUUCAUUCAAAAUUCGGAAUGUGCACCCUGCAAACUCGCGCAUUACUUUUGACUACCUAUCUCAAGUUUAUAAACCUUUUCCCAGAAAUUAAAGGAGAAAUUUUAUCGGUUUUCAACCAAUAUCGCCAUGUACUUGAUUCCGAAUUGCAGCAACGAGCUGUCGAGUAUAUAACCAUAGCGACAAUGCCAAAUGAUAAUCUUUUACAAACAGUAUGUGAGGAGAUGCCCCCAUUCCCUGAGAGAGAAUCGGCUCUUCUGUCGAGGCUUCACCAACAACAUUCGGAUACUGAAGAUAAAAGAACCUGGAUGAUAGGAAGCAAGGAUUCAUAUAAAGAAAGGGAAAUCUCUCGAAUGAAUUCCUUGGCAAUUAGAAAUAAUUCAUAUGAUUUCAAGGGCAAGAGUGAGAGUAAUGAAAAUGACAAUAAAGAUCUUAUUUCUGGUUUAGAAGGACUCCAGAUAACCAGUGAACCAAGUUCAUAUACUGCUUCUUCGAGCACUUCUUCGUCAACAUCAGGAUCAGAGAAAUGGUUAGGCAAAUUAUUAUACAGCAAUGAGGGUGUGUUAUAUGAAGAUACACAACUUCAGAUUGGCUUGAAAUCGGAAUAUCACGGUCAUCUAGGACGGUUUGCUUUAUAUUUUGGCAAUAAAACUCAGACGAACAUCACGUCUUUUACUACAUCACUUGAAAAUGUCAGCGAUCUCUUAAUAACUACACCACAAGCGCCUUCAACAAUAUUAACGCCAGCCAGUCAGAUUCAGCAACUAUUUCAUAUAGAGUGUCGGAAUGUGUUCAACGGUUUGCCUAAUUUGAGAGUGUCAUAUAUUUCGGGGAGUAUUCGUACGAUAGUUUUAAAGCUACCAAUUUCUUUAACAAAAUUUAUGGAACCUAUCCAUCUAAAUGGUCCGGAAUUUUUUGCAAGAUGGAAACAAAUUGGCAGUAGUCAACGAGAAAAGCAGGUUGUAUUCAAAUCAAAUGUCCCGAUAAAUAUACAAGAGAUCCAUAAAAUGAUUUCAGGAUUCAAAUACGAAGUAUUAGACGAGGUAGAUCCAAAUCCCAAUAAUGUUGUUGGUGCCAGUGUCUUACAUACUUCUGAAGGAGGCAUGAUCGGAUGUCUUCUACGAUUAGAACCCAAUAUUGAUGCACAG